AUGCAAUCCGUGCAGAGGCAGUUCGGCAAGCUCAUGAGCAAGAGCCCCGGUGACAAUGCCAAAAUCGCCGCAGUCUUGCACGACUACGAAGAUGCAGACAGCCUGCUGAGCAAGAUCAUCGAGAACACGAGGACUCUCCGUGAUGCCUGGGUAGCCAUGGUCACCAGCCAGUGGGCUAUCGUGAAUGAAUAUCAGGGAUUGUAUGACCCCAUUGUUGGAGCCUCCGAGGGACAUGCUCGCCCCGGCGUUGAGACGCCUCAGCUGCAGCUCGAUCGUACAUUUAAGCUCAGCGGGGUGUACUCCGACCUCAAGGAUGAGCUGAUUGGGGAAGUGGCGGCAAUUGACUCCCAGGUCAUUCGCCCCGCCACUGAAGCCCGUGAAUUCAUUCAGCCUCUACGUAAAACUAUCAAGAAGCGCGAGAACAAACGGCUGGACUAUGAGAAGGCCCAAGAGAAGGUCAAAAAGCUUCAGAAGAAGACCGGGAGGACGCCAAAAGAAGAUGCCCAGCUGUCAAAGGUUGAAUUUGAAAUGUCAUGCGCGUCCGAGGAAUUCGAGGUCGCAGAUGUCCACCUUCGAGAUGCCUUACCCCCCAUCAUCGAAGCCAUAUUUGCCUUAAUUCCUCACUUGCUAGCCUCUCACGUCUGCAUUCAAAACAGGCUACUUGGCCUGUACUACACUGCGCUCCACAACUACUGUGAGGACCACGGUUUCCCUUCUCCUCCACCCCCCAUGGAAAACGUGGUAUCGGCUUGGUCUGCAACGUUUCUACCUGUGCAACGAGAGGUUGAAGCUAUCAGCUGCAUAGCGCAUGGCAAGAACUGGAGACAACCGGCCAGGGUAGGGGAUGACGGACAGAGUCGGAAGUCAUCGGCAUACCCAGUAUCAUCACGCAACGGAUUUGCUCGGACACCAUCCGAUACAAGUGAAAGUGCAGCACCGACACCACGGACCAUGCGAAUACCUUCUACCACCUCAGCCAAUCGAUCCGCAUCCACUUCGGAUUUCUCGCCGCAACCAAGUCCACAAUCAAGCAGUAUAAGCGUCUCGCGCUCGCAGCUCGGCCUCCCAACCGACUUCACAACUGCCACAGCUCUUGGACAACCUCAAGGCGCUUCGAAUGUGUCGCCAGCCUACAUAAGCUCCCGUGCGGAGUAUUUCGGCCACCAAUCAAGGCUUCCAUCGGAUCACGGCAAUGUUGUGGCGAAGAAGAAGCCACCACCACCGCCCCCAGCGAAGCGCUUGAAGGCGGCGGAAGAGUAUGUUGUAGCUCAGUAUGAUUUCUCAGGAGGCGACGGGGAUUUAAGCUUCCGCGAAGGGGAUAGGAUCAGGAUCGUAAAAAAGACAGAAACGGAUCAGGAUUGGUGGAUGGGCGAACUGGGUGGCGUAAAGGGUAGUUUCCCUGCUAACUAUUGUAAGGCCGCUUGA